AUGUUGCUACAUAGUCAUUGUUCUUUAAUAGAGGGUAUAGUUGACACCUGUACCCAGACAGAGGAGGCCCUGAGCGGGGAGGCCAGCGCCGCGAGCCUGCAGGCUGAGAGAGGCCUUGGGGAGAGGCUGGGGGAGCUGGCCAGCCAAGGGCUACCGUUCCAGGCUGAGGAGAAUGAUCAGCUGGACUUACUGAUGGAGGCAGAGGGGCUGAGGAGGUCUAUCCACAACCUGGGAACUAUCAUCACUACCAGCGCGGUGGCGAGCCAGAGUGAGGCGUCGGGUGUUGGGCUGGAGCAGUGCAUCGUGGGUCUCCCAGCCUGCGUAAACAUAACGACCAGAGACAAGGCCGGGGGACCCUGCAGGGGCGGCAACGCCAUCCUGUCUGCUGAGGUGUGUACCCCAGAUGGUAGCGUAGCGGACGGGGAGAUAAUCGACCACAAGAACGGGACAUAUGAUUUUGUUUACACUGUAAACAAGGAAGGAGAGUUCUCAUUGGCUCUCCGGCUCUAUGACCAACACAUCAAAGGAAGUCCCUUCAGACUCAGUGUGUCUCCUCCCACCACCACAGCCACCUCUCUGACGGCCACCGCCACCACGUCUACAGGCUCCUCUGAGGGGGCUAAGCGGAGAGGGAAAUCCCCUGGGUCUGGGAGUAAGAAGAAGGGGUCCAGGAGGACGGGCAGUGCCCUGGGGACACCCAGACGCAGAGAGAACCCCAUCGAAGAUGACCUCAUCUUCAGGAUAGGGACUAAGGGGAGGAAUAAAGGAGAGUUUACUAACCUGCAGGGUGUGUCAGCGUCCUCCAGUGGCAGGAUUCUAAUAGCAGACAGCAAUAACCAGUGUGUCCAGAUCUUCUCUAAUGAGGGGGAGUUUAAGAGUCGUUUUGGGGUGAGGGGUCGGUCGCCAGGGCAACUUCAACGACCGACGGGUGUGGCUGUUCACCCCAACGGUGACAUCAUCAUCGCCGACUACGACAACAAGUGGGUCAGCAUCUUCUCCAGCGAGGGCAAAUACAAGGCCAAGCUGGGCUCUGGUAGGCUGAUGGGACCGAAGGGUGUGUCCGUGGAUCAGAACGGUCAUGUGAUCGUCGUUGACAACAAGGCAUGCACCGUCUUCAUCUUCCAGCCAACCGGCAAGCUCGUUACUAAGUUUGGUAGCCGCGGCAAUGGAGACAAACAGUUCGCAGGUCCUCAUUUUGCAGCCGUCAACAACAACAAUGAGAUCAUAGUGACAGACUUUCACAACCACUCAGUCAAGGUGUUCACCCCAGAGGGAGAGCUGCUGUUGAAGUUUGGAUCUAAUGGAGAGGGCAACGGUCAGUUUAACGCUCCUACAGGCGUGGCCGUCGACGUGAACGGGAACAUCAUCGUAGCCGACUGGGGCAACAGCCGUAUACAGGUGUUUGACGGUAGUGGCUCCUUCCUGUCCUACAUCAAUACAUCAGCUGACCCUCUCUACGGACCUCAGGGUCUGGCUCUCACCUCUGAUGGACACGUGGUGGUGGCCGACUCUGGGAACCACUGCUUCAAGGUCUACAGAUACCUACAGUAGUGAAGGGAUGGAGGUAUGGGAGAAUGGAUGGAUGGAGAGAGAAGAGAGUUGGAGAGAUGCAGGGUUGGACGGACAGAAUCACUGUUUCAAUGUCUACCACUACUUAGUAUGAACUUAAAUGACGGCCAUUCAAAUCAGCUCCUCUCUCUGCUCUGACGACACGUCACUCAUCUGCCUUACUAUUGGCCAGAGCUACACAGUGAGAGCACUUAUUGGCCAACGUCAAACAGUCCUGGGACCUUGCUCUCGGCUUGACAAAAUGAAGUCACAGCUCCCCCUCCCCCCCAUGCAAGACCUAUCUCAACCACUCAAGAUCAAACCAAUCUCAACCUGUUCAUCUGGCUCAAUAUCAAACUAAUCUCAACCUGUUCAUCUGGCUCAAUAUCAAACUAAUCUCAACCUGUUCAUCUGGCUCAAUAUCAAACUAAUCUCAACCAGUUAAUCUGCUCUUAAACCUACGUACUGCUAUGGAGUCUACAGAACAAUGUAUAGAUUGUUCAUAUGGGUUCUACAGAACAAUGUAUAGAUUGUUCAUAUGGGUUCUACAGAACAAUCUAGAUAAAUGUAUGUUCUAUAGAAUAAUAAUAUCGAUGGUUAGUUUGAGGAUCGUUGUCUGCAAAAUCAAUAAGGAAUGCUCAGUACUGUUCAAGAACGUGGCUAUGGUUAUUCUAAUACUCCACAGAUAUAUCAAUAAAUAAAUACAUUGAUUCAUUAUAGAUGAUUGGUUGAUUUGAUUGAGCUAAAAGGCAGCUUGCGACUUUACACUUGGAUGAGGUAUAUAUUCAACCAUCCAAUUUUUUCGUGAAAGAAAAUACUGUGUGAGUCCCAAAUUGCUCCCUACGGGCCCAUCCACAGGGGGGCGCCACAGGUCAUUUUAGGCCUGAUUUCACUAGGAGAACCAGGGGAGGCUCUUACCUCACACAUGGGGGUUUUGGGUGCCCAUGGUCGGCUUGGGGGUGACCCCAAGAGGGGGUACCAGAACCCCCACCCGGAUCCAUCCACAGGGGGGCGCCACAUCUCAUUUUAGGCCUGAUUUCACUAGGAGAACCAGGGGAUGGCUCCUAACUCACACAUGGGCAUUUUGGGUGCCCAUGGCCGGGAUGGGUGAGACAGAGUCCAGCCCUCCACACACAAAAGUGAUCCAGUAAGUUCCCCAGUAGUGCACUAUAUAGGGAAUAGGGUGUCAUUCUCUGGUCUAAAGUAGUGCACUAUAUAGGGAAUAGGG